AUGGCAGUCCGAGUACGUUACAUGGGCUCCAAAGUUCACUGCACCGGCGACGUUAGUGGACGUUACGGAUGCACCUACUCGCGGUCACCGUACCGAACUUACAUAACAUUCAUACAACGAGACAUAUACCAUCCGAGACCACGACCGUCCGGUCAGAGUAUGGAUCGCGCUCUGUUCAGGGAUCCGUACGAUCCUGCCAUUUUGGAUACGAUAUUAAAGUGUAUUAAGUGA